UUUUUUAAAAAUUGUUGGAUAUAAUGGAAUUAAAGAAAUUUUUACGAAAUUUGAACUUGCGAUUAAUUAUGAAGAUUUUGGUUUAAAAAAAGAAAAAAUGGAAGAAAUUAUAGAAAUAGAAAUAAAUGAUUAUAUAGAUCCAAAUGAAAGAAGAAUAAUAGAAAAGAAUCAAGUAAAAAGCGAAGAAACAUUAUCUGAAAUUUUUGAAGAUAGUAAUUAUGAAAACAAAGAGUUAAAAGGAAGGAGUGAACAUGGAAGUGAUGAGAUAAAACAACGUAAAAGUAAAAAACAAUUAAAACGUGAAAAGCGAUUGAAAAAAGAAAUAAAUAAAGGAAAAUAUACUUUAGGUAGUUUUUAA